AUGUUGGUUCAAGUGAGUCGGGAUCUGCAGCAACAGCUGGUGCUCCUGCACGUAUCUGCGGAGCAGCCGGCCAUGCAAUUUCCAGAGAUUUGGUUGCGCGACAAUUGCCGGUGCCCCAAAUGCUAUAUGAAACAGACAAGAAGUCGCCUGCCCCACGGCUGGAACUACUUGGAUCCCACUGUACGCUUGCAGGAGAUUAGCUGGUGUGCGGAGCAGCAAACGCUACAGAUUGAGUGGUCCGAUGAUCAUCAGUCAAGCUAUCCGAUUAGUUGGCUCCAGGAGCGCGAUUUCUCGCAAGCGAAUCGAGCCCGUUAUCUGCGCGCCUAUUAUCGCCCCGAGCAGCGACACUGGUCCGGCCAGCAGUAUGAAUUAAUCCGACGUGAAUUCCAAUACCAGGAACUGCUUGAGAGCGAUGAAGCACUGCUGCAGUGGCUGCAUCACCUCGCUGUCUAUGGCCUGGCGCUGGUCAAGCAAGCUCCACUCGAGGAGGAUGUGCUGCGAAAGCUGUGCAACCGCGUCGGAUUCAUGCGACGCACAACCUACGGCGAUGAGUGGAGUGUGCGGGCACAGCCCGGCGCCAGCAAUUAUGCCUACUUGGCUGCACCACUGCCCCUGCACACGGAUAUGCCAUAUUUUGAGUACAAGCCGGGCGUAACACUGCUCCAUACGCUGCAGCAAUCGGAUUCACCGGGUGGCUGGAAUCUGCUUACCGAUGCGUUCCAUGUGGCGGAUUUGCUGCGUCAGCGAUAUCCCAGCUCAUUUCACGUGCUCAGCCAAACGCCAGUUGACUGGGCGGACAUUGGUAGCGACAAGGAGCUCUCUUUUCACAACAUCUGGCGUGCGCCAGUCAUCAACCUGGAUGCCAAUGGUCGUUACGUGAGGAUUAACCACAGCAUUCCGCAACGCGACAGCCACUUCAGUGUGCCCGCGGACCAGGUGCGUCCAUGGUACGAAGCGAUGGCUGUGUUUAUACGGCUGGCCAACGAGCAGGCAUGCACUUUUAAAACCGCACCGGGGGAUGUACUCACCUUCGACAAUUUGAGAAUGGUGCAUGGACGCACUGGGUACGAUGACACGGAUCAUAAUGUCCGGCACAUUCUGGGCGCCUUCGUCGACUGGGACAUUGCCUACUCGCGCUGGCGUGUCCUGAAGAAUGCCCUUGGUCAUUACAAAUAGUUGGCUAGCAACUUUGCUGCUAGCUCAAUUAUCUAUAGUAUCUUCUCAAAUAACACACUAAUAGUUAACAACAGUGGCACAACAAAUUCUUCUGUUCUAAUUAAACAAAGCUGCCUUCAGUGAAAGUGUGUAGUAUAGCUUAAACAGA